CGACCGCGCGCUGCUCUGGUUAGCAAGCGAGGAAGAUGCUAGACGGAAAUGGCGGUGACGGCAAGGCGAACAGCAUGAAGUGCUGAUGCGUUACAUGGAUCAAAACUUUCGACUGCCAGGAUACCGUUGGGCAAAUGACAAUGACGUCAAAGUAGACCACCUUUUGUAGCUGUCAGUAGAAACCUACAACACCUUCCCGGGAGACGCUUCAUCUCGUGAGCGGAGGGCAGAAAACCUCACCGGGAGCAUGGCUUCUUACAGCAACCAGUACAUCUUUGGGGAAUUCAGCCCUGAUGAGAUCAAUCAGUUUUUUGUGACUCCACGAUGUUAUGUUGAGCUUCCUCCGUUCAAUGACAAAGUCCCGUGUGUCAGUCAGUCUUCUGGAACUUACUGCACUCCUGCUGUACCUUUUAUUAUGGAGUCUAUGGGACUGCAGGUUUGCGGAGAAGACUAUCAGCACAUUGAGUUUGGUGUGGACGAGGUGAUGGAUUCAAAGUCUGUCGGGGGCAACGAUCCUUUAUACAAGGUGUCGAGUACCCUCAACCCACAGGCUCCUGAGUUCAUCCUGGGCUGUCAGCCGGCCCAGAAAGCUCAACAGACGGCUCCUCCAGCAGCUGAUGUCCCUGAUGGGACACACUUCAACUCACUGGAUGGACCUGACUCGGAGGCUUCAGGUCUGGACAAUCACCAACCCUGCCAGGACAUGGACGGACUCCCUGGUAGUCUGGGACAGCGAGAGAAAAAGAAAAAGAAAAAGCGGCCGCCUGGGUACUACAGUUACCUGGACCCAUCAACUGGCAGCAACAGCAGCAGCACCAGUGCAGCAGAUGGAUCGCCUAUGACAGCACUGGUGAACGGACAUGCACUCAGUGGCCCACACCACAAUACUGAGGAUGUGGACAGUAAGGCAUUGUCAGGGGCUGAACUUUCCACCCCAGAACCCGCCUCCACAGCAACAUCAACAGCUGCUGUGGCAGCAGCCAAGUGUGCCCCCACAUCCACUGACAAUCAGAGGACUAGUGAUAGCCCUGAUGACUCUUCUUUGGACUUAACAAGUGGAGCUGCCUCUUUAUCAGACGGCAACAAUGCAACUUCCUCCUCUUCAUCCUCCUCUCAAAGCAGAGGGAUGACAGAGGGACCAAGGACUGCAGAUCAGCAGCCAGAUCAUUUGGCUCCACAGAGCCCUGAACUUUCAGAUACUCCACAUAGCCCCCUCUCCAAAUCACCUCUUCCUCCUUCAGCUGCUGUGGCCACCCCCUCUGUCAUCACUUCCAUUACGACUACUGAACAAGAGGGAAGGGAGGUAGCAGACAAUGGGGUGGCCAAUGGGUUAGUAGAGUCUACCACUCCUGUCAGUGCAGAUGGACACAAAGAAGACUUUGAGAGUGGGGACCAGGUUCAGCAGGUCAUUCCAGACUCUGCUGCCCAGUCAGUAGUGACAGAGCAGGCGCAUUCACCUGCAACUCCAGCUGCACCUACUGCCAAUCUUCCCAAAUCCUGGGCUAGCCUCUUUCACAACUCCAAGCCUCUUCCUGGGGGCCCUCAGGCCUUUGUGGAAGUAAAGAAUGUUGUGGAAGCAGUAUCUCCCUCUGUCGCUGUGCCAGAGCAGCCUGAGAAAGUUGGGGAGGUAAAAGAAGGCCCUGUCCAUGUAUCAGAGGAUCCCAUGGCCCCUAAACUUGCAGAACUUAUUGAGAAUGUGAAGUUGAUACAUAAACCAGUGUCUUUGCAGCCGAGAGGACUGAUCAACAAGGGAAACUGGUGUUAUAUCAAUGCUACUCUACAGGCCCUGAUUGCCUGCCCUCCCAUGUAUCACCUGAUGAAGUCCAUUCCUCUGCAUACUGAAACGCAGAGACCAUGCACCUCCACACCCAUGAUAGACAACUUUGUAAGGCUGGUGAACGAGUUCAACAAUAUGCCUGUGCCAUCUAAAGCCAAACAGCAAGCUGUUGGUGAUAAGGCCAUAAAAGACAUUCGGCCUGGUGUACCUUUUGAACCAACUUACAUUUAUAAACUCCUCACUCUCAUCAAGUCAAGUCUUUCUGAGAAGGGUCGACAAGAGGAUGCGGAGGAGUAUCUUGGGUUCACGCUCAAUGGAUUGCACGAGGAGAUGCUGGCAUUAAAGAAACUAAUCUCACCUCAGGAAGAGAAAGCUCCCACACCCAAUGGACCAGAGUCCCAGCCAGGUGUGGAGGAGGAUGUUGCUGAUAAGGAGGAAGAAGGUAGUGAGGAUGAGUGGGAGCAAGUGGGUCCCCGAAACAAGACUUCCAUCACUCGCCAAGCUGACUUUGUCCGCACACCCAUCACUGAUAUCUUUGGUGGGCACAUCAGAUCGGUGGUGUAUCAACAAAACUCUAAAGAGUCGGCUACUCUGCAGCCGUUCUUUACCCUGCAGCUGGACAUCCAGUCAGAGAAGAUCCGCACUGUCCAGGAGGCUCUCGAAACCUUGGUGGCUCGAGAGUCAGUCCAGGGCUACACUUCUAAAACCAAGCAAGAGAUUGAGAUAAGUCGAAGGGUGACUCUGGAAGAGCUGCCCCCUGUGCUGGUGCUCCAUCUCAAGAGAUUUGUAUUUGAAAAGUCUGGAGGCUGUCAGAAACUGACAAAGAAUGUUGAUUACCCUGUUGACUUGGAAAUCAGCAAAGAUCUUUUGUCCUCUGGAGUGCGAAGCAAAGUUGUGAAAGGCCAAAGAACUUACAGGCUCUUUGCAGUUGUGUAUCACCAUGGAAACAGUGCGACAGGCGGUCAUUACACCACGGAUGUCUUCCACAUCGGUCUUAACGGCUGGCUGCGCAUUGACGACCAGACAGUGAAGGUCAUCAACCAGUACCAGGUGGUGAAGCAGACUGCAGAGCGCACCGCCUACCUGCUGUACUACCGUCGCGUCGACCUGCUGUAGACACACACGCACAUCCCAACGUACAUGCAAGAUAUCCCAAAUAUAUUCACAAACACACAACAUGCAUCCUCAAUGCACUCGUUGACAGUACAUCCACACACAACACAAAGACACACAAAACUAAUGAACAGGAACACUGCCUAACUUGUUCUCUUGCAAGAUUUUCCUCCUCUUCCCUCCUGUCCCCGCUUUCCUGAGAACCAGCUUUUCCAACACCUUUUUCCUUGUCUCCUUUUUUCUUUUCUGAAGAAGAGAAGCAAGCUGCAUUCACAAAGAUUUCCCUGUGACUGCUCUCUCUUCUCUGUGCACCACUGCUGUGUUUUGAUUUCCUCUUUUUGAUUUACUUUUAAAGCAACAAGGAAGGACUGUUGAAUAGGCAGACGGAUUGGGGUUGCAGGUUAGGACCUGGGACUCACCUCUGACUGAGCCUACUGCUUGGCUCUGAUAGUGAACAGUGGACUCACACAGGAAGAACUACCCACCAUAGGCUGCAAAUGGACUGCUGGGGCAAUUCUCACGUUCAAAUUCCCUUUUUUUAAGGAAAUGACAGAAAUAUUAGUGUUUGCCUUUUUAGUAAAGGGGGACUGUUGGCUUAGUGAAUUUGCAGCAGUUUAAAAGCCUGUUAAUUGCCCUUGUGCACUGAAAAGGCCCAGCACCAGCAUUAUUACGAGUCUCUCCUCCCAAGGCCAGAUUUUCUUCUUUGCCACCACCAACUCCUCCUCCUCUGUUUUGUCACUUUUAUGAUGCUUUUUAAGUCUACUCGAGCCAUCAAAAACAUGGGGGGGGGGGAAGAGUUUGGAAUGGGAACUGAGCGUCUUUAUUGUUUUGAGAUCCUUCUUAUGCUAUUUGGGUUUAGAUUUAGAAAAAAAAACCUCUACAAAAUAUUAACAAGCUUUAGAAUUUAAUAAUAAGCUUCUGUGCACAAAAUAUAAACUGAUGAUUACAAUAUGACAGGCAAAUGCGUAUUUUUACCAAUAUUUAGAUUCAAAUGUAAAAGAAAAAAAAUCUGAGGUCUAGCUGAAUGAGUACCUGUUUGGGUUCUAAAGGAAUGUGCCUGUUUUUAGAUUCAGUUCUUGCACUGGAGAAGUGGCAGCCAGUUAAGACAGAUUUCACUGCAAACCCCACCCUUGUACAUUUUCUUCUCCUACCAUUGAUUUUUAUUUUUCAUUUAUUUUUUUUUUUUUUGGUCUUGUCUAAAGGUUCCAUCUGUGUACUGGUGGCUUAUCUGUGUAGUUUUGAGCCACACCAUCCUCCUUAACCCCCAACUCAGCAGAAAGCGGGGGGGCUGCCUUAGGUUCAUUGUGUGAUGUUUUUCCACUCAGUGUAUGAGUCUAACCCUAAUCAGGCGGCAUUGCAAGUCUAAUGUAAGUGAAGAGUAAAGGGAAUGUACACGACACCUCUGUAUUUACUCUUUGGUGGCUCAGUGUCUCUUCACAGUGGAGGGAAACUGAGUAUUGCAGGGAAGUGGGAUAUCUGCGCUAAGCUCUCUAUAAAGAUCCCAGACAUGCACAUAAGGAGAUAGUAUUUGCUUUUUUUGAAAAUGAUUUUUUUUUGAUCAUUUCACUGAUUAUGAUAAUUUUUUUCUUUUUUUGUUUUUGUUUGUUUGUCACUAAAAGAUGUUAGUUUUUUUUCCCUCCUUUUUCAUUGUCAUUGAACAUUUAUUGGAUGUCCUAAUGCUCUCGUUCCCUUCAGAAAAAUAUGCUUGCAUUUGAAUUGGUUUGAAAAAAAAAUUACACAGGCUAAAGCACAACAAAUAAAAUUGAACUAGUUCUUUGCUUGACUUUUUUCCAUUUUGUCUGUUUUUUUUUUUUAACUUUUGAUUAUUGCGUUUCUGCUCAAAACCCAUUUGAUUCCAACCGCUAGUGUCAGUAUCUCAGUAUUAACACAUCAGCACAAGUAUUUCCUCAUGAUUUUAUACAAAAAAAAAAUAGCUACAUAGAUGAGUGGUUCAACAUUUCCCUGUUUCUGAUCAAAGAAUAGCUGCAGUGUAAUAGUAUUUUCCUUUAAGAGGAUUGUGUGACUUUAACAAGUCUCCUGAAACAAAGUCAAAAAGAAAGUUGGUCUCAAUCUUUAAAUUAAAUUUAAGUAACAUUUUUCAAAAAAUAGAUUUAAAUUUUAUCUUUAUGAUGUAAUAUUGAUUACAUUUUCUUGUAGGUUUCAAAAUCAGAAACCUUCCCCAGGUAAACCAAAGGUCAACAUUAUAUAGGCCCUGCUGCCUACCAUUCACUUUGCAUUCUUACUUUAUUUUCCAUUUGUAGUCUCGUUGCCAUGUCUGAUCACAGUCCACUAAUCAUCACACACAGAAAUGGCAUGCUGUUUAGACAGUCAAUACAUUUUUAAACUUUUCACCAUGGUUCAGUUGUGCUGCUGGCUUCGUAGUCAUUUCUGCACACAUUGACAUUGUUGACUUGCAUACUUUUUUUUUUUUUUUUUUCCCCUUUUAAUGAAUGUUUGGAUGAUGGGACUUUGAAACAGAUACCUUAUGUUUUCAGUUGUAUAGUUUUUAUCUCGGUCUCAGAUGGCUGGUCAGGAAAUGUGCUGGUAAAAUGCUUCAAUGAUGUCUUUCUUUCAGUAUGUGCUCCUAACACUAUUGUCUGCUGGGAACUGUUGGGAUAUUACUGACAUAAAAACAAAAAACAAAAUCUAUACUGUCUUUUAAUUUUAAGCCUCCAGCAUCUAUUUUGUUUAUUGUUCCAAUAAAGGAUUGUGCAAAAAGCAGUUUGCUAAUCAA